CAGGUGAGUCUCCAGUUGAGAUACGGGUUUCUCACCAACCUCAGCUGUUUGAACCUGUCUCACCUGCCUCAACCGUCUCACCUGGCCACCGUUCCUGUCGACUCCCUGAGAGAGCAGAGCCGCUGAACAAGAUGGAGUCCAGAGCGGAGGAACAAGAGGAAGACGCAUCCAGGUCACCUUCUGCAGACAAGGACACCACAACUAAAACUACUGAUACUGCCAGUGCUGUUAAUAGUACGUUAGCCGCCACAACUGAAACAACUGAUGGUCAAACGGAGGAAGAGGAAACAGGUGAAGUAGUCAGAGGAAAUUGCGUUGCCAUGGAAACACCAGGUGUCAUGUCCUCAGUAUGUCUCCCAGCAGGUGACAGAGGACAGGAGGGUGACUUCCAACCAGCAGCUGUUGAGGACGAGUUUGUCUCAGAGCAGAAAUCAUCGACGCCAACAGAAAAACCAGCUCCUCCCAGCAGUCUGGCCUUGUCAGGAUCACGACCAACAAAGAAGAAAGUCCUGUUGGCUCCAGCUCUCAGUCUGUCUUUAGUGUCGACGGAGGGGAAUCCGAAGAGGAAGAGGAAGAGGAGGAGAGGAACUACGGUGGCGAUAAACAAAAGGAACCAGAGCGAUCCUGAGAAACAGUCAGACCAACACCUGAACCCGCUCCAUGUAAUAGUCAGAUCCCACGCGAGCUCAGAUUCUGUUGAGCCUGUAAACAAACAACGAAACUACAGAAACCAGCAUACGCCACUCAAACAAUCACAGACCCUCACAGACCAUUACAGACCCCCUCACAGACCCUCAACAGACCAUUACCAGACCUCCAGCGAGACCAUUAAACAGACCCUCCCACAGACCGCUCACAGGGAGAUAGCACGCAUUACAGGACCCUCCCCACAGACCAUUACAGACCCUCACAGUUUCCUCCUGUGA